AGACUAAAUGCUGACAAUUCGCCAUAUUCAACCCGAACUAAGUAGUAGCCUAAGCUGACCAUAAACAACAGACACGUCGGAGGGAAAGGUAAGGGAAAGUAGUUGAAGAAGCGCAGGAGGGAAUCGACCAAUCACACUGACGGGCACAUAGGCCUACACGAUGUGCGGACAACAUUCUUCUACUUCUGCUUUGGCAGACCGAUAUUUCAAUUACAGGCAGUCAUAAUCAUAAACUAAAUGUUAACAAUGCAACUUUGCUGUAUGUACACGAAUGAAAACAGACAAUACCAACAUACUCAAGCCACCGUGAUAAAAGAUUAGAUUAGGCCUAGAUUAGAUUCAAAAUUGUUAUUAUGCAGAGUACAAGUACAACGAAAACGAAAUGCAGUUUUGUCUAAUCAGAAGUGCAAAAAAGCAGAGAAGUCCAAUGUGACAUAGCCUUCAAACUAUAAACAGGUGGUGCAUAGACAACACAAGAUAUAAAGUGCAGUAGACUAGUAUACAGUUGGCUAACGAAGGUGGUUUACAGUACAUUAAAUAUAAAUAUGAGCCGUGUAUAAGCAGUAACCUUAUAAGAGCAGAAUAAAUAUGGAUAUGUAGUAGCAGUAGUAAGAAUAAUUUAGAUAUAUCCAGUGUAUUUACAGAAUAUAUUAGAUAGAUAGAUAGAUAGAUAGAUAGAUAGAUAGAUAGAUACUUUAUUGAUCCCCAAGGGGAAAUUCAAGUUCUAUUAUAAGUGUACGGGUGGGGGUGUAAGGGUGUCGUUCAGUGUACGGCACCCUUCCAUCACCAACAAACCUCCACAGAUGGGGAAUGAGGGAGGGCCCAUUGUGUAGGCUAUGCGGAGGGAGGGGAGCAAUGGUGCACAUACUGGCAGGAUGCAAAACAGCUCUUAGCCAAGGAAGAUACAGGUGGCGCCAUGACAAGGUUCUCAGUGCGCUGGCUGACAUCUUGGAGCGGGAGAGGCAGAAAAAGCGCCAGACCAGUACAAGGCUGGCAACAUCCAUUCAUUUCAUCAGAGAAGGGGAGUAACCCCCAGCCCCCAAGAAGACCAUAAAGAGCCUCUUGCAAGCGGCACAAUACUGGGAGAUGAGGGUGGACCUGGGAAGGAAACUAGUCUUCCCCCAGGUUGUGCAAACACCGCUGAGGCCGGACGUGCUCUUAUGGUCUGAGGAGGCAAGGAAGAGGAGGAGGAGGAGGAAGAUCAUCUUGAUUGAACUGACGGUCCCAUGGGAAGACAGUUGGCGUCUCCAGCUGGGCUGGUCCAGCUAUGACCGAGAGAGGCCCUGCAGCAGAGUGGAAAGAUGCGAUUGUGCACUCAUUCUCUCUUGAGGUGGAUGUGGAGGAGGAGGAUGAUGAGGAAGAUGAAGAGCAAGGGCCUUUUCAGAUCAAAGAGGAGAAGUCUGAAGAGGAGCCAUGGAACAAGGCUGAUGGUGGUGCUGCAGUAGAUGGAGAAGACUGCUGGGAGGAGGAGGUAGACACGACAAACACACCUGGAGAAGAGGUCUUGGGUCAGCGUGCCCCUGCUGACCCGAAGCUCUACGGCACUUGGGAGGACUGCAGUGCUGACAGGGACACGGGCCUGACCGCAGACCACCCGCAGGAGGCCCCUCCUUCCUCGCUGCCCAUGCCCCACCUCCUUCAGCAGCCACACCCCCUGUCCCACCCCCCGCUGGCACACGUGCUCCAGCGAGACCAGCGCUGCCUCCUCUCCUCCCACCAUCAGGACCCUCCCCCUCCCAUCCCACCCCUCCCGCAUCGCCACUGUGAUGUCACCAGCGGUUACGGCCCAGCCGAGCACCCAUCUGCGUCCAUUGGCAUCGGUGCCGGUGGGGAACCUGUGGAGGGUCGUGACGGGGGCAAGAGGUCACGCUGCGGCCAGUGUGGCAAGACGUUCACCACGCACUUCUACCUGAAGAUUCACCAACGGAUCCACACAGGGGAGCGGCCCUUCACCUGUACGGCCUGCGGCAAGCGCUUCUACUGCACGUCGCACCUCAUCUCCCACCAGCGCUGCCACACUGGUGAGAAGCCCUACUGCUGCCUGGAAUGCGGCAAGGCCUACUCCCACCUGAACUCCCUCAAGUUGCACCAGCGCAGCCACGCCGAGGAGGGUGGCCUGGGCUACGCCUGAGGGCAAAUACCUGGCCUGGCAUCUGGCAUGGCAUGGCACGGCUCCAACUCCCCUGAUGAGGGUGGCCUGUAGAGAGAGAGGGUGGGGGCCUGUUUGGUAAGAGACAUGUGGGGGGUAUCUUGGUAUGUGAUAUACCACUGGUUCAUUCUGAGGCCAUGCCCUAUGCUGUGCCCUUUUUCUUGGGUGAAUGGUGUGGGUAGUGGGGGAGAGUCACGAAGGACAUGGGCUUAGGGUAGGGUUGUGGGUGUUUGGGGCUGUUUUUAUGUGUAACCAGCAGCCCCUAUACUGGUUACUGGUCGUCCGACACCAGCUGCCCCCAAAAUCCCCAACCCCCACGCCACAGUAAGAUGACCUCAAACUGAUGCACAAGACUGAAUGCGUCGAGUCAAAAUGGGGGUAAACAGCUGGGGCUCAGAGCACUUUCAUUUGUGUGUGUGUGUGUGUGUGUGUGUGAGAGAGAGAGAGAGAGAGAGAGAGAGACUGACUAUGUGUAAACUGCAUGUUUGUAUAUGUGUGUGCAUGCUGUUAAUGUCUGUCAGACCAAGAGAGCACAACCACAGCAGUCCACUGCUAAAACAAGACAAGAAAGACACUUUGAAGCCUCCAACAUAUCUGAUGUACAGACCCUAACGGCUCAGAUUAGAUAGAGAUGACUGUCACUGUGGGACGACCCUGGACCAACAAGCCUUGAACACAAAAUUGAAUUUCUGUGGGUGUUGCAAGCUAAAGUGUCACAAGUGUUGACAUCCCCUGAAUGCCUGAGGUGUUACCAGAUGCUUUGUGCAUAAAUAUAAAGAAAAAGCUGUGCUUGCUGUCACAUUCAUUUAAUUGCACAAAAUGUUGAAUCAAAUAAAAGGGUUUUGUGUU